GUGCCCUGAUAUCAGCUGCUGGUGAUGCAGAUACUGCCUUUCGUCAUUACUUCUCUAAAGAAACCACAGUGGAAACGUGACUGACCGCCUAAAGUGUACAGGACUGUAAAUGUCAGGCCGUCCAUCAGAAUGAGUCGGAGGAAGAGGAGGAACAGUCGCCGAAGGAAGAGCUCCAGCAGCAGUAAACAAUGCAUAUCUCCAUAUAAUUUUCAGAGGCACACUAUGGUGGACACCGUGGAAACUGCAGAGAAGGGAGAAACUGACUCCUUCUGUAAAGAGCAUGAACUAUCAGUGUCUGAAGACGAGAAAGAGACUGAGACUCCAACCACGGAGAAAAAAAACAGAACACGGAGUUGUGACGAUUUCUUCCAGGACAAGAAGAACAAAGACAGACAAAAGCCAAGCCCAGAACCAACAGGCCCAGGGUUAAAAAUCACACAUUCUGUGACCAUCGAUAACUUUGGACUGUCUUCCCCCAGAGUUGUGUUCGACCGAUGCCAUGAAGAAACAGUUAGUACUGUGAUAGCAGUCACAACCACUGAGGUCAAAUGCAUGAGCCCAAAUAUGAAGCUUGAGAUCAAUGUCGUGACAUCAGAUGAUUCAAAUAUAAAGACCACCUUUAUUCUUCACAACUGCAGAAACGAAAGAGAAGAGGCUCAUUUUAGAACUGAGAAACGUCAAUCUCUAAAAAAUACCCACGUGUGUUCAUGGAACCGACAAGGAGCAGAUGACAAACAAAACAUCAGUGAGAAUUUUAGCUAUACGAUUAGCAUUGCUGAGCUAAAUGCAGAAUUAACACAUGAUUCGCAGAGUCAGAGCUCGUGGGAUGACCCCAAAGAAAUGGCUUGCCGUAAAAGCUGCUGUAAAAAUAACUUCCGUUGGGUGAACACCGGUGGCCAGACGGACACAGAUUUCACACUGGUUGAUGCAUCCUCCAGUUGCUCUUCACCCUCUGAUUUCUGGCAACAUCAGAAACAGCGCUCACUGCCCAGUGUUCUUGGUAAUGAGGCAUUAUGGGAUAUCCCUCCCCCUGAUGAAUUUGCCGAUAAGAAGACUAAUGCAUUGGAUUUCCUUGCAGAAAAUGUUGCAUCUUGUCAAAUCAGUCCCAAAGAAAGAUUCACUGGCCACGACAACACUAUUUGCUCACAGACAGCAUCUGAGCUUACCUUCUGCAAAAAGUUUACACGCCAGAAUACACCGGACAACAGGACAAAUCAACCUCAGGAACACUUCUUCAUGAAUCCCAGAGCUUCGAUAAACAGAUCUUCUUUCACUAAAAACUUCAUAGAAAAUCACGAAAGGAAGACGCGCUUGCGCAACAACAGCAUCGCCUUCCUAGAAACUCAUCCCGCAGGCUACAUGGACAUUCCUCCCAAAAGAAGAAAGACGUACCCGGGAUUGAUAUAUCAAAUGAGUCAAGCCAGAGAGAGCAUUCCCUCAUACAGAGAGUCGUUUUCCUCUGGCACACUGUCGUCGUUUUUCACGCAGUCGCUUCCCUCUCAAGCAGACAGGAUGGGAAGAUUUUAUGUAGAAGACGAAAGACUUUGUCCGCUUGAGAGCCGCAAAUCUUCCAGUAGCAGCAGCUACAGACCAAGCUCAAGCUCUACAACCGGUCCUGACUCUUGUACUGCCAAAUUUAAGGCUUACAGCACAACGAAAAACCCAUUCUAUCCAUCCAGGUCCGACGAGAGUCCAGAAGAUGUCUUCUUUAGAGGCGAACAAUAUCAAGGGCCAUCACAUCUAGACGAGAUGGAGCAACUGGGUUCAGAUGUCGCUGCGGGAAUGAUGAUCGAUGAUGGCACAGAUCAAGACAGCACCUCGGCGGGACCGCCUGAGCUGAAUGAAGUCAAUGAAAGUGGCUUUGAUGAGGAGAUGGUGGAGCUGGAUGAGUUAAAUUCUCCAGGUGACACCAUGGAGAGUCAUCAAAGGGAGCUUCUAAUUCAUGUCAUCCCACCUUCACUGUGCAACUCUGAAGAGAAAAUCAAUGAGGGAUUACCUAACAGUUUCAAGCAUCACACGUGGGACGGAGAUGAAGCUGAUGCUCCAAAGAAACGGAGAGGUUCGGUAAUGACAAUAAUCACUGGGGACUGUGAGCAGAGAUUUCUACAGGGCAACCAUGUCUUCUCGUUUGAUGAGGACGUUUCACAGGAACAUCAGAUAGAUGCUUUGAGCCCUGUGAUUGAGUCUCCUAUUGGGUCUCCAAUAGAGGAUCCGGCCAGUAUCAGAGAAGCUGUGGAAGAGGUCGUGGACUACUCCCAAGCACAAAAAACCAUAACCUCGGCUAACGCUAAGCUAACCUUACAAAUGGACAUGUCUUCUCAACAGCCUGGAGUAGUGCAAACAAAUGCAUCCCUGGAGAAAACAGGCACAGAUGUCUCUAGGACAACCAAAUUCUAUAACAAUGAUUCGUCUGAACGGCAAAGUGCUUCAAAAAAUUCUUUAGAGGUCAAAGAACACCUCAGGCCCCCAACAGACUCCAUUCAUAAAGAUUCAGAGGAGCAUUCAGACCACUGGGCAAAGAGGAGGAAGCUCUUCAAAGAGAGCAAACAGCGCAGCUCUGCAGGAGGAAGCUCUAUAACUAGCAUUAUAACAGAGGAAUCAGACACAUUGAACUCUGAGGACACUCGUUCAGUGGACAUGUCGAUGCGAGAUAUUGAGGACAGAGGAUUUUACACAGAAACCUUUCACUCAGUAUCAUGGAUCUACCAUGGAGAUGAAGUUAGCCAGAAUGAUAGUCCACACUGUCUCACCAGCUGUACUCGACCAGCAGCCAUUCGUGAGCGGACGGUGAAAAUCAGCAAAGGCAUGGGCGAGUAUCCAUGGGGCUUCAGAAUACAGUUCUCCAAACCCAUCGUGGUUACUGAGGUGGACACAAAUGGAGCAGCGGAGGAGGCAGGGCUGCAGGUUGGAGACUAUGUGCUGGCGGUAAACGGCACUGAUGUCACUAGUGUGCCACACUCAGAAGCAGCUGACCUCGCACGACAAGGCCCAGACAUUUUAACGCUGACCAUUGGCUCGGAUAUCGGUCGAAUGCCUAACACUCCACGACCAGCGUGCAGGGGUUACUUGCAUAAGCGAACUCAUUCCAGUUUGCUGAAAGGCUGGAGAAAGAGGUGGUUCGUGCUCAGACAUGACUGCUGCCUUUAUUACUACAGAAAUAAGCGCGAUGAAGGGAAGAGUCAAGCUCUGUCUGUGACGAGUCUGGAAGGAGCAGUAGUGGAAGCCGACACCAGUUUAGGAAAGCCGUUUGUGUUCAGAUGCUGUCCUGUCUCUGGGAACCGAGUUUACUACUUGUGUGCAACAUCAAACCAAGAGAUGAAGCGGUGGCUGGAGGCUAUGGGUAGAGCCGUUCAUCCUAUUACUCAGAAUCACGUGUGGAUGGACGUCACUCGACACAACUCAAAUCUGCCCCCUCUGGCAGUCAAGAACCCAGAAUGCCUUGGGUUACUCCACCAGCUGGACAGGAGCAAGGACUCAUGGGUGCAGCACUACUGUGUUCUGAAAGACGGAUGCCUCUAUUUCUAUGCAAGCAUCCGGUCAACCUGCGCGAUAGGAGGAAUCUACCUGCAUGGUUUCACAGUGAGGGAUCAGCCAGUGGGAUCCAAAAGAUCUGCUAUUGAGCUCAGACCUCCAUCUGAAGAGUUUAAAGUGUUCUACCUCUGCGCAGAGAACGCAAAUGAGAACAAACGAUGGGUUAGUGCAAUAAAAUUGUCUAUUGGAAAAUGGCUGCCACUGCAUCAGGCACUUCAAGACUACAUGAGUCGCCCACCCGAGGAAACAAGAAUGUAAUAUACAGAUACAUACAAAUUAAAAUGAUAAAAACGUCUGCUGUAAAUAUUCGUGAUGAAAACAUAUAUAAUAUUCAAGUGCUUCUUCGCAACCCAGCAGCAGCGAGUCCAUGAAGUUGUCAUGGCACCCAGACACACUGCAUGCUGUGCUGUGACGGUAGCUAGAAGCAUAGAAAUAUAAUUAGAAACCUCCGAACUCAGCAUCACUUCAAGACUGACUUCAAAUGAGGUCUUGAUUUAGGUCCACUUUACCUUUAAUGUGAUGCAUGUUUGUUUGAUUCAGAGGAGAGUUUAAGAAAGAAUGAUGGCCUGCAUUUCUGUAAAGUUAUGUUGUCACACAAGUUGAAUUAUUAUGAUCUGUUUUCCAUUUUCAGUAUUUAUAUGCAUUUAUAAGACAUUUGCCACUGUCAUCUGUACAUCAUAUGCACUUUCUUUAUGUUUUUUAAUGCGUAGGCCAUUUUCUCUUUAGCUUACCUGUUGUUUUAGAUAUUUAUAUAGUUGACGGCAAUAUUAUGACUUUUCCUAUUCUUUGUAUAACUAAUGAUACAUGUAUGGCUUUUUGUAUUAUUAUUAUUUUUAUUAGUAUUCUGUGAUCCUUUUUACAAAAUUUUGAAUUUUUCAAAACUAAGGGAGUAUUUACACUUGGUCACUUCAUGCAUUUCAAUGAAUCGGAUUCAUGUUCUCAUAUGAGCCCUGUGCAACCAAAUGCAUCACACUUGGCUGAAAUUCGUCUGAGAUUACAUUCACUCUCUAACAGGAUAGCUAUUUGAUCAGUAAAGCACACGUAGGGCCACGUGUAAAUAUCCCCUUUCCUUUGAAUCUGGUAUAUUCUGCUCAUUUAAGUGCUUGUAUUGCAUGUUAAUAGCCUUUGUAACGAAGUAAGCUUGCCAAAAUACAGACCCGCAUUAUGUUCUA